AUGGACAAGCCACAGAUUAUUUUACACAGCCAAAAAUCAGUCAAUUAUACUGUAUUCGAUGUGAAAUGGAUUCCAACAUCGGCUAAAUUCAUCUCUCUAGGCAAUCAUGCACGUGGAACAGGUGCUUUGGAUAUAUUUGAAAUUACACAUGGCGAUAUUGCUGUCGUUUCACAAUAUGAAAAACCGUCAGCUUUCAAAUGUGGAACGUUUGGAGCAUCACCAACACGUGAAAAACGACAUUUAGCGACGGGAAAUUUCGAUGGUUAUAUUCAAGUUUGGGAUUUAGAAAAAAUUGAAAGUCCGAUUUAUUCGGUCAAAGGUCAUAAAGAAAUCAUCAAUGCAAUCGAUGCUGUCGGUGGAUUAGGAAUUGGUCAAGGUGCACCAGAAAUUGCGACUGCUAGCCGAGAUGGAAGUGUCCAUAUCUGGGAUACAAGACAAGCACAUGCGGCUGUCGCUAGUAUGGAACCAGCCGAAGGUGAAACCAAACGUGAUUGUUGGGCAGUUUGUUUUGGCAAUGCGUUCAGUUCCAGUGAACGUGUUGUCUGCGCUGGUUAUGAUAAUGGGGAUGUAAAAUUAUUCGACUUGAGAUCGAUGUCUCUUCGAUGGGAAACAAAUAUAAAAAAUGGAGUAUGUUGCUUAGAGUUUGAUCGAAAAGACAUCGAAAUGAAUAAAUUGGUUGCAACAACGUUGGAAAGUAAAAUUCAUGUAUUCGAUAUGAGAACACAACACCAAGAAAAGGGUUUUGCAUCUGUAGUAGAAAAAGCUCAUAACUCGACUGUCUGGAUUGGUCGACAUUUACCACAAAAUCGCGAUGUAUUCAUGACAUGUGGUGGUUCAGGAUCUUACUAUCUAUGGAAAUAUAAUUAUCCAGAGAAACGAACAAUGACUGAAACUGAUAAAACGGAAGUUGGUGUUGCGGGUACACUGACACUGCUACAGAAUAUUGGCUUAUCCAGUCAACCGGCGAGCGCAUUCGAUUGGAGUUUAGAUAAGACAGGUUUAGCUUGCACAUCAGCAUUUGACCAAACUGUUCGUGUGUUGAUCACGACUAAACUCAACUCUAUUUAA